AUGCCUAUAAGCAAGAAGAAGCUUAUUUUAAUAUUAGGAAUGCUCUAUUUGGAACAAGGUAAUUCUGCAGCCAUUUCUUCCAUCAGAGCUCCCAACUGUGGGCAGAGUCUGGUUAAGCCCCAGCCUCAGAAUUACUUUAGCCUUUUCAGUCGCAUUGUUGGAGGAAGCCAAGUGGAGAAAGGUUCCUAUCCUUGGCAGGUGUCUUUGAAACAAAAGCAGAAGCACAUCUGUGGAGGAACCAUCAUCUCUUCACAGUGGGUCAUCACAGCUGCACACUGCAUGGCUAACAGAAACAUUGCGUUAACUUUGAGCGUUACCGCUGGGGAACACGACUUGAGCCAAGCCGAGCCAGGAGAGCAAACACUCGCCAUUGAAACCAUCAUCAUACACCCUCAGUUCUCCACCAAAAAACCUAUGAACUAUGAUAUUGCUCUUCUGAAGACGGUUGGAACCUUCCAAUUCAGCCAGUUUGUGAGGCCCGUGUGUCUUCCAGAGCCAGGAGAAUAUUUUAAGGCUGGAUUUAUUUGCACAACUGCAGGCUGGGGUCGCUUGACUGAAGGUGGCAGCCUCCCACAAGUCUUGCAGCAGGUGAACCUGCCAAUUUUGACUCAGGAGGAAUGUGAGACAGCUCUGCUGACCUUAAGGAACCCCGUUACUGGAAAGACUUUCCUUUGUACAGGAUCCCCUGAUGGAGGAAGAGAUGCUUGUCAGGGAGAUUCAGGAGGGUCACUCAUGUGCAAGAAUAAGAAAGGGGCCUGGACUCUGGCUGGUGUGACUUCUUGGGGUUUGGGCUGUGGUCGAGGCUGGAGAAACAAUUCAAGGAAAAAGGAGCAAGGAUCUCCUGGAAUCUUCACAGAUCUGAGGAGAGUGCUUUCCUGGAUCCGCGAACAUGUCCAGACUGGCCAUCGGAGAAAAGGCAUCAGAGCCUCAUGCAGUGAACCUGAUGGCCUAAUCAGUGGGUCCAAGGGAGAGCUACACUUCCCAGAAAGCCUCCACCUAUACUACGAGAGCAAGCAACUGUGUGUCUGGACCCUGCUGGUUCCAGAGAACAUGCACAUGUUGCUCAAUUUGUUCCACUUGGAUGCAGAGUCUUGCCACCACAAUUACCUGGCAAUGUAUUCCUUAGAAGACAGGCUUGUUGGGAAACUCUGUGGAGAAGUCCUCCCUUCAUUCAUUCUCGUCGGCUCCAACUCUAUCCGGCUGAGAUUUGUCUCUGAUGCCACUGAUUAUGCCACUGGGUUUAAUCUCACCUAUAAAGCUCUUAAGCCAAGCUACCUUCCUGAUUCUGGCUGCAUGUCUCUAACUAUCCUCUUUGAAGAAGGCACCAUACAGAGUCUUCACUAUCCUGAAGACUAUAGUGACAUGGCUAGCUGUGCCUGGAUUUUUCAAGCUCCCAGCCAUUGCUUAAUUAAGCUAUCAUUUCAGAGCCUAGACAUAGAGGAGAAUGGAGACUGCACUUCUGACUAUGUGACUGUACAUAGUGAUGUCGAGAAGGAGAAGGAAAUAGCUCGGUUCUGUGGCUAUGUGAUACCCAGCCCUGUGCUGAGCUCCUCCAGUGUGAUGCUCAUCAGCUUCCAAUCAGAUGAAAAUGGCACUGCCAAGGGCUUCCAGGCUGAAGUCUCCUUCAUUUCUAGAGCAGAUUUUAAUAUCUCCGUAUCAGAGGAUGAGUCCAUGCCUCUGGAGACAUGGGAUGUGCCACCUGGAGCAAUGGAAGUUUCUGGGCCAGCCCCUAGAGGAGGCUCAGGGCUGGACCUGUGCCAGAGUCACGUGACACAGAAGCCCGACUUUGUCGCUACCCGGCAGGAGUCAGCUCGUCCCUGGCCAUUUCCCGGUGUCCGCCGUCAGGACCAUCAACGGACACUGCUCAUCUCGAGGACAAGUUAG